GAAUCCGGAAGUGGCCGUGGCAAGGCGGGCUGAGGCCUGGGCCGGGGCCGCAACGCGGGGCUCGGACAGCGGGGCCGCCGCCAUGAGCUGGAUUCCAUUCAAGAUUGGGCAGCCCAAGAAACAGAUUGUCCCCAAGACAGGGGACCCUGCAUUUCCCCACCAGUUCCUGUCUCAUCCUUUCCUCCUCCCCCUACCAGCUAUAUAUACAAGUGGAAAGAGACUUUGAAAGGGAAUAUGGAAAACUCCAGCAGCUGGAGGAUCAGACCAAAAAGCUGCAAAAGGACCUGAAAAAGAGCACUGAUGCCGAUCUGGCCAUGUCCAAAUCAGCUGUGAAGAUCUCUUCUGAUCUCCUCUCCAACCCACUUUGUGAGCAAGACCAGGAAUUUUUAAACAUGGUGACUGCACUAGAUACAGCCAUGAAACGGAUGGACGCCUUUAACCAGGAAAAGGUGAACCAGAUCCAAAAGACAGUGAUUGAGCCCUUAAAAAAGUUUGGUAGUGUCUUCCCCAGCCUCAACAUGGCAGUGAAGAGGCGGGAACAGGCCCUGCAGGACUACAAACGGCUGCAGUCCAAGGUGGAAAAGUAUGAAGAAAAGGAAAAGACGGGGCCAGUCCUGGCCAAACUCCACCAGGUACGAGAAGAGCUUCGACCUGUGAAGGACGACUUUGAAGCCAAAAACAGACAACUCCUGGAGGAGAUGCCUCGUUUCUACAGCAGUCGACUUGACUACUUCCAGCCAAGUUUUGAGUCACUGAUCCGGGCCCAGGUUGUAUACUACACUGAGAUGCACAAGAUCUUCAGGGACUUAACCCAACAGCUCGACCAACCUGGUCAUACAGAUGAGCAGAGGGAGCAGGAGAAUGAGACCAAGCUGAGCGAGCUCCGGGCCCUCUCCAUUGUGGCUGAUGACUGAACUCUACACAGAAUCCCCCCUGGGGCAGAGAUUCUCAUGCCAUAUAUACUCUCAGACCCAGUAAAGCCAACUCUAUGGUGAAGGGCAGUAGCUACUAUAAAAUUUUGCCAUGACCCAUUGGCAAAGGGAGCAGAAGCAGCAUCUGCUACCUUUCACUGGCCCUUAGACCAAAUGUAAUCCUCUUGUUGGAGAGCUACUCCCCCCUCACACCCUCAAGUUGCAGGUGGUCUCAUUUUAGUGCCGUGCCACAGAAUGUCCGGCUCCGCCAGAGAAAGGAACAGCCAUCAGGGCUUUUAUUUCCAAAAUAACUGGUCCAGCAUAGAACUGCUUCCUGCCUCAGCCUAGAGCAGUGAGUAACUUAGGUCCAUCAUCAGCAGGUAUAUAAGCAAGUUAGCUCAAACUGGGCCAGAACAUUAAAGUCUUGAAUUUGAAGUCAGGCAGAUGGUAGGCCAUCUAGCAUGCUGAUUUGCUUUAUUGUAUUGCCUCAGUACUCUAGCCUGGCUUCUGGUGGUGAACCUUUCACCUCAAGUCAUUUUCUCUGCGUUAAGAGAUAAGAAAUAACUUGAGAAGACAGACCAAAGCUGUUGCCUCAUCUGCCACAGCAAGGACAAAGGAACCUGCCCAGGCUUCUAAGUGUUAAGAAAAAGCUAGUCUGUCUUAUCUUCUUUCCAGUCUUCGUCCUGUGCCUCAGCCAAGUGAAGAAUUCUGAUUUUUCCACCAGAGGUAACUUUCUGAGGUCUGGGAACUAGUUUAAAAUGUAAAUUUAAUGCUGUUUUUCUAUUCACCUAUAACUCAGGAGCCCCAUGGAAAGGGCAAAAAGUCUGGGCUCCCCUGGCUUCAAUACUGGGGAUUUUAUUUUUUCAAGGAAACUUAAAAUAAAACCUACACGUAC